AUGCAUGCGACCGUGUCGGAUAAAGUGAUCCUGGCCACAGCAGUCAUCAAAAUAAAGACGAAUUCAGGCGAUUUCGUCUUAGCCCGAGCUUUGCUGGACUCUGGGUCACAAAUUAAUUUUGUGACUGAGGAACUAGCUCAGCGGCUGCAUUUGCGUAGAGAAGACUCGUGCAUCAGCUUGCUUGGCAUUGGUUAUCAGCCAGAUCACACUGUAAAUGUCAGUGGCUGGAAGAUACCUGACAAUAUUCAGCUAGCGGAUCCCUAUUUCUUCAAACCGCAGAAAAUUGAUCUUCUUAUCGGCGCUGAAACAUUCUUUGAUCUAUUGUCCGUUGGCCAAAUCAAGCAAGGUCCAGAGUGUCCAAUCCUCCAAAAGACAAGCCUUGGGUGGAUUGUCUCGGGGCGGUACACUCCUGGUGAAAAAUCUCACCAGAAGAUGACUGUCAAUCUGAGCUAUCAGGAAGAAAGUUUGAGCUCGAUUGACAAGACCUUGCUGAAGUUUUGGACUGUCGAAGAUGUGCGCUCUCCCUCCAAAGUCCUUUCCGCUGAACAACAAGGUUGUGAAGAUCAUUUCACAAAUAAUGUGAAAAGAUUGCCGUCUGGUCGUUUCGAAGUAGAAGUAAUGCAAGAUUUCGAAUUCAGAGACGAUAUAGAAAGGGUUCGUAAGAGUACACGUGUGAGCUCGAGUCUACAACGACUCAAUCCUUUCAUACAUGAGUUUGUUGGUCGAAGAGGAUGUCCGAGCCGAGUCCAUUGCGACAACGCGACGAACUUCGUCGGAGCAAGUCGCCAUCUGGAGGAGCUAAGGAGGCGAGUCGAGGCCGAGGAGAACGCAGUUCGCGACUUCGCAUCAAGAAGCGGAUGCGAAUUUGCGUUCAUACCGCCGAGGGCUCCUCACUUCGGAGGACUAUGGGAGGCAGGUGUGAAGUCUGCAAAGCACCUACUCCUACGGACGGUGGGCAACGCCCUGCUCACGCUCGAGGAGCUGCAGACAGUGGUCGUGGCGGUCGAGGCGGUGCUCAACUCCCGCCCGCUAGGAGCCGUAAGCCAAGACCCCAACGACGGCGAGGCGCUAACCCCCGGGCAUCUACUGGUGGGCGGACCACUGGUGGCACCGGCAGCAUCGCGGACCCCGGGCCAGGAGGGUCUGAGUUGCUUAAGGCGAUGGCGAGCUGUCUCGUCGCUCAAGCGAGCGUUCUGGCAGCGAUGGUCCCGGGAGUAUGUGCUCGGCCUGCAGGCACGGGCCAAGUGGGACCAGUUGCAGCCGAAUCUGCAAGUCGGAGAGCUCGUCGUCGUCGCAGAAGACAACCAGCCGCCGAUGCAGUGGAUGGUGGGUCGAGUCGUGGCGGUGUAUCUAGGAGCGGACGGGGCGGUGCGCGUCGCAGACGUGCGAACCAGCACAGGAGGGCUGUUUAAACGGCCAAUACACAAAUUGGCGCCUCUGCCAAUCGGAUGA